AUGUCUCGACUAGCUCCCGGGGUCUUCUUGGUCUUGGCUUCGGGGCUGACUGAUCUCUCCUUCUCCGUCUCUCACUUGGUCACGCAUUCAACACAGGUCCUCUCCAACAUCCUUUUCCUCUCUUCCACCCUUCCGUCGCGGCGAUGUUUCAGGUAUGCAUUUAGUCUCCCUCUCUCUGCCCUGAUCCCCUUUGUCUCUCUAGCCACCCCCGGCUCACUCGUCACCCCCCAGCGCCUCCGCGACGCGAUCGACUCUCGUAUAGCAGAGGAACAGGCCCGCCAGAAGACGGCCCAGGAUAACGUCUCUCGAUCCGUUUCGGGCCGCCGUGCAGCUACAUCCCGCAACCUCUCUCCUGGUCGUCGGCCACAACGUCCCAGGCGGACCACCAGUACCCCCACCCGAGGCCCUGACCCAAAGGAAUUCGAGCCCGAGUUUGCUAUCGGAGAUGACGAAUCCAGUGGACCCGCUACGCCUCAGCCGGAGACCUUGAAGCCGGACGCGGAGGUAACAACGCUCAAUGAAAGCGCCGAGGCAGAGGAACAAGAAAGUAAAGCGCCGGCAGAGUCGUCUGCAGCAGAGGAUGCGACAGCUCCAGACGCCGUGUCCAAUGAUGAAGCAGCACCGGAGUUGCCAACAGAGGUGAGGGCGAAGCUCCGGAGACUAGAGAAGCUGGAGCCACGAUACCAUGAGCUUCUCAAGGCGUAUCGUGUUGCUCAUGCACGAGUCCUCUCCAUCGAACCCUUCGAAGCCGCCCUGCGCGAGAAUACGCCUCUCUCAUCGAUCGCCGAGCCGAAGGCACUUACGGAGUAUCUGAACCAGUCCACUCUCAAGAGUGAUAUGGUGAUGGAAGAGCUGAAGCGGGUAUCAACCGAAAAGGACGAUUACAAAAAGAAACUGGACGAAGCUGAGAACUCCGCCAAGGAGCUUCGGGAGGAGGUGGUUCGUCUUAAAAAGGAUAAGCCAGAGGACGAGCAGACAAAACCUACCGACGAAGGUCAGGAGACGAGUGAAGAGUUCUUUUCGUUCGAGAACGAAAUCCCUCGGCUGGAAGGAGAAUUAAAGGAACGGCAAGAAGAGGUUGACGAGCUGAAGUCGCAGGUGGAAAACCUCAAACGUGACCUGUCAGUCGCACAGGAGUCUACGGAAGGCAUGGUGCAGAACUUGGAAUCGGCGACUCGCGAGCUGGUCGAGUUGCGUGAUACCAAGGAUCGACUAGAUGCCGAGAUUGAUGACCUGAAGACUUCCAAGCAGACGGAUGUGGACGACCUCAAAGCCAAGCUCGGUACCGCCGAAUCCUCCAUCGGACAGGUCACUGCUGAACUGGACAAGCUGAAGACGCAACUGCAAGGCAAGGCCGAUGAACUUGAAAAGCUCCAGGUUCAGGCCUCUCAGUCGGGGAAGGCGACAGCGGCUGCGGCUGAUCCGGAACUUGCCGCGCAACUGGAGAAGGCCAAGGAAGAGAAGGAGGCUAGCGAGAAGCGUCUCGGUGUCCUCCAAGGCCUGGUGGAUAGCCUUCGAUCCCAACUUAGAGAUACGGAAUCGAGCGUGUCCGAUUUGAAAGCAGAGAUCAACGAAAAGUCGGAAAGUUCCACUAAACUCCAAAAUAUUGUCGACUGGGUGGACGUCAACUUGAAGGAUCAUGCCUCCUGGACCUCCGCUAAAGAGAAAGUCUCUGCAGGCCAGACAGCCGACUUUGAGGAGGUCCGCAAGAGCCUGGCGCCUGCGACAACGGAGGCCACUCCCACUACUCCUGAAGCUGAAAUCGACUCCCAGACCCAAUCUACCGCGGCCGCCAAUGCUGGUGCUGGUGCUGGCAAGAAGAAGAAUAAGAAAAAGAAGAAGGGUGGCAAGGCUACCGAUGAAUCACCCAAACCAGCUACUACCGCCACUCUUGUAGAACAACCCUCGAGUGCAACUUCGGGUUCGUCCGACUUGGUCGAACUUAAGCAAACGAUUGAAACCCUUACGCAGCAAUUGGCUGAGAAGGAAUCUGCAAUUGAACGCCUCAGCUCGAAGUUGAAGGGAGAAGAUGACCUGAAGGAGGAGAUCGAGUCCUUGCGCGAUGACCUGGUGAACGUCGGCCAGGAGCAUGUUGAGGCGAAGGACAAGAUCAAGGAACUUUCGGCAGAAAAAUCUGCCCUCGAAGAAACAAUCAGCAGACUGGAAAAAGAACUCGUUGAUCUGCGAACCAACAGCGCAUCGAACACUGCCGACUCAGCGAAGGUGCACGGUGAUUUGAAAGACGAAUUCGAGCGCCUCAAAGUCCAGGCAGCCACGCUGGAGACGGAUCUUUCUGCGGCGCAGCAGCUAGCAGCCACUCGUUUCAAGGACCUGACAGAUCUGCGUGAGACGCUUCAGAAGAUCCAGCCCGAGUUGCGGAAUCUGCGCGCCGAGUCGUCAGAGUUGAAGGCCAUGAAGGAAACGCUGAGCAGCAACAACUCAGAGCUGAAAGCGCUCGAGGGCAAGCAUGAGGAUCUUCAGAUCGAGCUGAAGAAUGCCAAGUCGAAGAUCACGGAGCGCGAGUCCGAGGUGAAAACGCUGAAUAAGAAGGUACGGCAAGAGACAGACAGCCGCCUGAAAGCGGAGGAGAAUCUCACAGUUGCCCGAUCGAAUCUACGGUCUGCCGAGUCGAAGAAACAAGAGGCCAUCAACGCGAAGGAGAAGACGGCCACCGAUCUAUCCAAAGCCCAGGAUGGACUGAAGGGCUCUCGCGCCAAGAUCCAAGAGAUGGAAGAACAAAUGUCUCAGCUGAACAAAGACCUAGAGGGUCUUCGAGAAGAGAUUGAGCUGAAGACGGCACAACACUCCAGCGCCCAGAGUCUGAUGAACAGCAUGCGCGACCAGACUGCCGAGAUGGCGAUGCAGAUGAAAGAAGCUCGGGAGCGGUGUGACAGCUUGGAAGAGGAAUUGGCGGAUGCCCAUCGCUUGUUGAGCGAGCGAACCCGCGAGGGCGAGACCAUGCGCCGUCUGCUGAAUGAUAUUGAAAGUCGUGCGGAGGCCAAGGUCCGCGAUUCCAAGGAGCGCCUGGAGCAGGCCAUCGAGGAACGAGACCGAGCCGAAGAUGAGGCCAGCACGCAUGGCCGGCGCCGAGCACGCGAGAUCGAGGAGUUGAAGGGCAAGAUCCGUGAAGCGGAACGAGCUCUGCGCACCGUGGAACAGGACAAAGAGGAGUUGGAAUACUCCCAGAAGGACUGGCGCCGCCGCCGAGAUGAGCUGGAGUCGCUCUCCGAAAGGUCCGCGCAGGAAGUAAGCGAAAUCCGGCAGGCUAUGGCGGGCCUCCGUGAAGCGCUCGAUGAACGCGAGAAACAAGUGCGCGACCUGGAGAAAGAACGGGCUGAGCUGCGUCGCUCGGUUGAGGAAACCAACAGCCGCCUGGAGCGGUUGCGUCGAUCGCACAAGACUCUGGGUGAGGAUGUUCGCCUUCGCAGCCUCGAGACCGGCCGCCAGUCCUCGCGAUCGUCGAUGGACUCGCGAGGAGUGGCAUCUCCGUCUGGCCAGGACCGCAGUGUCUCUGCCCAGCGCAGCGAGACUCCUCCCACGACGGGCACGACUGCGCAGAUCGACUACAUGUAUCUGAAGAAUGUUCUUCUGCAGUUCCUGGAGCAGAAGGACAAGAACUAUCAGAAACAGCUGAUUCCGGUGCUGGGGAUGCUGCUCCAUUUCGACCGGGCGGACGAACAAAAGCUCAUCUCCAAAUCCACGGCUUUUCCCUCCAAAACUUCCUUCUACCUACCCACUCCCUCUUCCUUGUUUCCUGGCCAUAAUGACCGACUCACCCACCAUUCGCCUGGCCACGGCCGAGGGCAAGUCUUCCUUCUUCUCUCCUGGUUCUGUCCGCACAUUAACCUUCCACACCCAGACGUACCGCUGAUCCUCCAAUUCAUCCGCGAGCUGGCCGACUACGAAAAAGCCCUCCAUGAAGUCGAGGCCACCGAGGAAUCGCUCCUGGCGACGCUUUCCUUCCCCGACACGCCCCCUAAGCGCGGCACCGUGUACACGGCCCUGAUCACCCCGCCCCCCAGCGCGGACCAACCUUCGCCGAUCCCCGUGGGCAUGGCGCUCUUCUUCUACAACUACUCGACCUGGCGGGCCGCCCCAGGCAUCUACCUGGAAGAUCUCUACGUGCAGCCAAGCGCGCGCGGCCACGGGUACGGGUUCAAGCUCCUCAAGUAUCUGGCGCAGAAGGUGGUCGAGGUGCGCGGGCGGCGGCUGGAGUGGAGUGUGCUACGAUGGAACAAGCCAUCAAUUGAUUUCUACGAGCGGGUUGGGGCGAAGGGCAUGGAGGAGUGGAUGAAGAUGAUGGUCGAAGGCGAGGCCUUGGAUCGGUUGGCUGCGGAGGUGUAG